GUUGUGACAGUUGUCGAAUGUUUUUAUUAUGGUUUUCAAUUCAUUCCAGAUCAUAACAUUGAGAUGAAUCCUUAUAAUGAUGCAAUCAAUGAUCUAUCGAAAGGUUUUGUUUCUAUUUAUAAGCCAUCUCUAACUAAUAUACAGAUGCAGCUAACGGAACUCACAAGUAAACAAAACAUGUUAAUCAUUCAAAUGCAUGAUGAAAAUAUUGACUUAGCGGAUGUUCAACAUUCUCCAGAAAUUCAAGAAUUGUUUAAAAAGAUGAAUUUAUAUCAAAAUAAGUUGAUAACAAUUAGAAAAGCCAUGAAGCAGUUACAUGAAAGGAGCACCAAGUUGACAAAUAGAGCUUUAAGACUACAACAAAUUAGAGAAAAAGAAAAAUUUGCCAAGCUACAGUCUGAGUUAGACCUCAAGCGUGAAGAAGAACUGAUUGGAUCGAAACCAGAUAAAUCUGAAAGUGUGAACUAAUGUUGAGAAAACAAACAAGUGUGUGUAUAUUGUAUAUAUAUAUAUAUAUAUAUAUAUAUAUAUAUAUAUAUAUAAA